AGAAGAAUUCUCGACAGCCAGACAUCAACUGAUAAACUAGAAUUUAGAUUUUUUGGCUUGGGGACAGUUUUUCUAGCCCAGAAGUGAGGAUUACAGGAGUUUUCAAUAAUUGUCAAUUAAUUGACAAUUUGUCACGAAACUUUUGGAAUAAGACACCAGCCCUGCCUGUUGGGCGUGCGCGAAUUUUCCYAGCUACGUUUAACCAAGUCCAUAUUGGAGCGCCAUAUCCUAAAUAAAAGGAGAAGAAUUCCGGACAUUUUGGGAUAUCUUUGUGGUAUGGAUCGAGGAAAGUGCGAAGAGAGUAACCUAGGUGUUUUUAGGUUUCGAAAGGCCCUUAUAGCUGUUCGUUUCGUAGUAGCUCUCGCGGACUCAUGUACAUACCAGCCGUCAAAAUACAAUGCGAAUCACCACAAUAGACUAACAAAGAAGCUACAAGCUGAAGAGCUGGCAAUACAACAACUGUUGAACAAGUCAAGGUGGGAUUUACAGAUUGAAGUCAAGACCCAAGAACAAUGGGAUGAACUAAUGACAAAGGAAGGACUCAUAGUUGUUGAUGCAUAUUCAGAAUGGUGCGGUCCCUGUAAAGCUAUAAUUAGCUCCUUCAAGAGACUGAAAAAUGAAAUUGGAGAUGACUUGCUUAUCUUUGCCACGGCUGAAACUGAUGGUAUUGAUACACUGGAGAAUUACAGAAUGAAGAGUCAACCAACAUUUUUGUUUUAUGCAGGGAACACAUUGGUGAAUGUCAUUAGAGGAUGUCACUGUCCACUAUUACUUAAAACCAUCAAAAAGGAGUUAGAAAAAGAGCACAAGGUCUUGGAAGGUCAAGCAGAAAGAACAAGGUUUGUUGAUGAACAAGUAGAGCAAGGUGAAGCGGAGGAAGCACAAGAGGAAAAGCCUCCAACAGAGGAAGAGGAGGAAGAAGAAAUUGUGCAUGUACCCAAACAGGUGACAGUAGCUAUCAUUAAACCAGAUGCUGUCAAAGCAGGACUUGUGGAUGACAUCAUCAAAAAGGUGGAAGAAAUGGGAAUAGAAGUCCUGAAGAAAGAAGAGAGAACAUUAACCAAAGAAGAGGCCGCAGAGUUUUAUAAACAGCAUGAGCAAUCUGAACACUUUGAACAGCUUACUGAAUUCAUGUCAAGUGGUCCAUUAAUGACGCUGGUUUUGAGUAAAGCUGGCGACACUCCAGAUGCUGUUGAAGGUGUGAUUGACAGCUUCAGAGAGUUGAUUGGUCCUAAAGAUGUCAACACUGCUAAAGAGGAAGCACCUGACAGCUUGCGAGCAUUGUAUGGCACAGAUACAGUGAUGAAUGCUGUUCAUGGAUGUGACUCAAGUGAAAGUGCAGCAAGAGAGCUUGCAUUCUUCUUCCCUGACUUUGUCGCACCAACUGUUGUAAACAAGAGAAAGAAGAAACGCCUGCAGAGAACAUUGGCCCUCAUCAGACCUGAUGCUCUCAGAACCAGAAAAGAUUCUAUAAUAGAAAAGAUAAAAGAAGCAGGAUUCAUGAUUGCCAUGUCCAAGGAGAUGCAGCUGACUAGAGAGCAAGCUGAAGAGUUUUAUUCCGAACAUAAGGAUGAAGAAUUCUUUGAACCAUUGGUCAACAAUAUGAUAAGUGGUCCUAUGAUGGCACUUUGCCUUGCAAGGGAAGAAGCUGUUGAAGGUUGGAGAGAAAUGCUAGGUCCAAAGGAAGUGGCAAUUGCCAAGGAAGAAGCACCAGAUAGUACCAAUGAGCUUGGCAGUUCAGUAAGUUURCGAGCACAGUUCCAGGUUGAGGAUAGUCCUAUUAAUCCCCUUCAUGGUUCAGACUCUCCUGAGGCAGCAGAGAAAGAGAUCAAAAAAUUCUUCCCACUGCAAAGUACAGUGGCUGUCAUUAAACCUGAGGUUGAACCUGAUCAACAAGAAAUCAUAAGGCAGAGAAUAAAAGAAGCAGGGUUCACAAUUCAAGCUCAAAAGGAAAUUACUCUGACUAAAGAGCUGGCUUCCCAGUUUUAUCAUGAACAUGAGGGAAAAGAAUUUUUUGGAGAUCUUACAGACUACAUGGCAAGUGGUAAAACAAUGUUCAUGGUGCUUUCCAAAGAAGAUGCCGUUUCUGGAUGGAGGGCAUUGAUGGGACCUACAGACCCGACAGAAGCCAAGGAAGCAGCUCCUGAUACGUUGAGAGCCCAGUUUGGAGUUGAUAAGAUGAAGAAUAUUGUGCAUGGCAGCUCCGACCCUGAGAARGCAGUUAAAGUAAUCAAAGAGUUUUUCCCUGAAGUAGAAUUACUUCCAGAUGGCACAGUAAAACCAAAAGAAGAGCCAAAGAAAGAAGUAGUCAAAGUGGAAGAGAACUUCUCUAUUGCACUUGGCUUGGAAGAUGGUAAGAUCCCAGAUGAUGCAAUCACUGCUUCCUCAAUCCUUGAUGAUGCCCAUGCUGCGUCAAGCUGUCGACUCAAUACCAAAUCUGAAGAUGAAAAGAAAGGUGCAUGGGCUGCUAAAGACAAUGAUGAAAACCAGUGGCUACAGGUCAACCUUGGCCAGUGCAGUAGAGUUUCCAAAAUAGCUACUCAAGGAGAGAAUGGGGAAAGCACUAGCCAUGUAAAGAGUUACAGUCUAUCUUAUAGCAUAGAUGGAGAGAACUUUGUUGAUUAUGAUGAUAAGGUGUUUGAUGGAAAUACYGACCAAGACACAGUUGUCUCAAAUGAGCUUUCACAACCUUUGAUUACUCAGUACAUUAGAAUCAACCCUAAGACCUGSAAUGAACAAAUAGCAUUAAGAAUGGAGCUGUAUGGAUUUGAUGCUGAAACAUUUACGGAAUCUCUUGGAGUUGCUGACAGCAAGAUUCCUGAUGAUUGUAUCAGUGCAUCAUCAACCCUUGAUGACAACCACAGUCCAUCCCAAUGCCGACUUAACACAARAGAAGAAGGCGAAAAGAUGGCCGGUUGGGCAGCUAAGGAUAAUGAUGAAAAUCAAUGGAUUCAAAUAGAUUUUGGAAGGCUUGCUGAGAUAACUAAGGUUUCAACUCAAGGAAAAGGAGGAGAAUCAACUCAUCAUGUCACUAGUUACUUGUUGUCCUUCAGUACAGAUGGUGAAAACUUUGCAGUAUAUCAAGAAGGUGGUCAAGACAAGGUAUUUGAUGGUAACUCUGACCAAGAAACUGUGGUGUCUCACUGGCUGGCCCUUCCUCCMGUUAGUCGUUAUGUUCGUUUACAUCCCAAAACCUGGAAUGAACACAUUGCACUCAGACUUGAYUUUGCUGGAAGGUUUAAAGUUUUAGAACAAGAGGCCAUAGAGAAAACUGAAGAUGUUGAUAAAGCUUCAGCGGAGACAAGUGAGGCUGUGGCUGCAGAUGGUCAAGAGCAACCUCAAGAAACAACAGAACAGGAAGCACCUCAAGAGGGGRCAGCUGAAGAUAAAAAAGAUGAACCUCAAAAAGAAGGUGAAGAAGUGAGUCAAGAAACACAGGAACAAGAAGAUGAUUUAGCUGAGAAACCUACCGAGGAAUCGACUGAGAAACCUUCAGAUGAUUCUGCAGAUAAGCCUGCCACUGAAGGUGAUGCUGCAGCUGGUAGUGAUGCUAAGGAUACAGAAGAUGGAGGCGAAGGCGCUGAAGCAAAACCUGAAGAUGCCAAUGCUGAUACUCAAGCAGAGGCUGAACCAGCACCGGAAAAAUCUGGUGAGGAACARCCACAAGCUAAAGAUGAAGUAGAAACUGGAGAAAAACCAGAAGGUGGAGAAGAGCAAACAGGAACUGAAGAGAAGAAAGAUGAUGAAUCCAAACCAGAAGGUGAAAAUGAAGAUAAUAUGAAAACCAGACCUUUAGUGCUAUGUGGGCCCAGUGGAUGUGGCAAAAGUACUUUAGUCAAGAAGUUGAUGCAAGACUAUCCUGAUAAAUUUGGGUUUAGUGUUUCUCAUACGACAAGAUCACCAAGACCUGGAGAAGUUGACGGCAAAGAUUAUCACUUUACUGAGAGACAAGUGAUGCAAAGGAGUAUUGAUGCUGGGGAGUUCAUUGAAAGUGCAGAAUACAGCACAAAUCUUUAUGGAACAAGUAAAAAAGCAGUAAAAGAUGUUCUUGAUUCUGGUAAAGUUUGCAUAUUGGAUAUUGAUAUGCAGGGUGUAAAGAAUAUGAAGAAUACUAAUAUAGAUUGUUUAUAUGUGUUUACAAAGGCGCCUUCACUGGAAGAACUAGAAAGAAGGCUUCGAAAGAGAGGAACUGAAACYGAUGAAUCUGUACAAAAAAGAUUAGAAAUUGCUAGUAAAGAGUUGGCUUAUGCUGCAGAGCCAGGUUCAUAUGAUUACAUUAUAGUAAAUGAUGAUUUCGAGGGGGCCUACUCAGAAUUUAAGGGAAUAAUAAACAAGGAAAUCGUUCCAUUAUCGUGAAGAAGCUUACCACGAAAUUAAUGUAUGUAAUCAUUUCCAAUAUUCUUUCAAAUACUGAACAAAUACUUAGAAUGUGACAACUGCAUGAUGAACAAAGUGCAUCGCUGGAUAAUGAAACAAGAUCUUCAUGAAAGGCAACUUGAACCUUCUUGAAAACGACAGCGUUCUGUUCCUGUAUUCGAACUAGGUGUAAAGGGUCCAAGAAAGCUCUCUUAGAUAUUAUGCCUCCUACGUUGCUCUUCAAUAGUAUUGUCCACGACUUUACGACUCAGACAACUGCAGACAUCUUAAGUUGUAGCUUCCUCAUUCCAACCUACGUUAUGAAGUGUUUUUUUUGAUUGAAAGAAAGAAUUCCAAAAAUCGAGUUGUCUGCAGUCUUCUUUGCGUAUUUUAUCCAAUACCGAGAAUGCUUUUUCUCAGCUGCACGAGUCUUUCCGCAAUUUUUCCUUGAAAAAAUUGAAAAUCGUAAAAGAUUUUUAAUUUAUUGAGAGAGAGAGAGAGAGAGAGAGAGAGAGAGAGAGAGAGAUAAGAGUUUCUACUCGCAUUGGGUACCAACUAGACGUUAAUCCAUUUAUACGUCUUUUAGAAUAUUUAUACAUGAAUUAAGUAUAUUACAUUUCCAACAAUUUUGAAAACUUCCAAACAUCAUCACUCGUAACUAUAAAUUCCGUAUUGUACUCGAGAUCGUGCGAUUUCCUAUACUUAUACGUCUUUGAAAAUUCAACACGAAAUGUUACAUUUCCAGCUGACUUUAGCUGUUUUAAUCAUUGUUAGAUGUGUCUGUAAUAAAUAAAAUCAGUUUGGGACAAAGUCA